AUGUCAGUUCUUGGGAGAAAGUUAAUACAAGCCUUCAGAGACCAGAGACUUUGUGACGUAAAGUUAAAGCUUCAAGAUAAUUCCAUCAUUGAAGCCCAUAAAAUUGUAUUAAUUCUUGGAUCAAAAUGGUUUGAAGCCCGGCUUUGUGGAAAGUGGAAUCAUCCCAGUGAUGAAUCAAACAUAAUUCAGUGUGAUGUUCAUUCUAUUCGACAUACAAAGGAAAUGUUAGAGUUCUUGUACACUUCUGAAAUACACAUUACUUUAGAUAAUGUAGAAGAGAUUUACCAGAUUGCUGACUAUUAUAGUGUUACUGAACUUAUGGAAAAAUGUUGCAUAUUCUUAGAACAAAACAUAUCAAAAAAUACUGUUCUUAAAAUUUUAACUAUUUCUCAUGAAAACAGCAUAACGGAUAUCAAAAACAAAGGCCUUGAAUUUUUAGACAAACACAUUGAAGAAGUAUUAUUAAGUAUAACUACUGAAGAAUUCCAAGAAAUUCCUCUGGAAUUACUCUUGAAUAUUGUUAAAAGAGACAGUCUAUGCAUACAUGAGGAACUUCUAUUUAAUCACAUCAAUCUUUGGACUAAAAAAGUUAAAGAAGAAGACAUUCCCCACACCUGGCAUGACAUAAGUCCCUUUCUAAGGUUCGGAAUGAUGUCAAUGGACUUUUUUUUGGAAAAUAUUGUUAAUAAAGGCAUAAUUGACAAUGAAUUAUCUUUGAAGAUCAUGGUGUACUUAUCAACAGUUGAACAACAACCAGUACCAGAACAGCACUCCAAGAUAAGAUGUCUAAUAACAGACCAGGACAUAAUUAUCAAUCGCUUUUUACGUCACAGUCUACAUCCUACAUGGGUUGUUGAUAAUUCCCUAAAUGGGGACAGGAUAUCAUUCACUAUAAACUUAGAUACUUUCUAUUUAAGAGGAAUAUUUGUUUACGGUACAGAGACUGUAUGUGAAGCAGGUCUUUUGGUUUCCAUGUAUCUUUAUACUGGAAAUGGCCAGCUUUUAGGAAAAAGCCAAACUAAGCAGAAAACUCAGAACUACAAAGAAAUUCCAGUAAUAUUUCCAAAACCGUUGCUUCUUGUUAAAGACACCGUUUAUACAGUAGUUGUGCGGAUAAGUGGAGGGCCUACUUAUAAUGGUGUAGGUGGCUUGUCGACUGUAAAUGUUCAAAUGGGGGAGACGAGCACUCUAAAAAUUACUUUCCAAGAUGCUUUUGGAGAAACAAAUGUACAAACGGGGCAAAUUAAGGGGCUCAUUUUGAGAAAACGUUAA